GGAGAAAUUUAUUAAAUUAAAAUCCUAACUCAUGACUUCGGACUCAUAACUGAUGCUUAUAAUAGGUUCAUAGUUUCAUUUUUCUUGGUGCCACGUCACAACUUAAAUUACACGUCGCCACGUUUAUAUUAUUUGAUCUCAAUAUAUGACUUAUCAACUACACCACAACACUUUCAUAAUUUCUUCAAAAUUUAAUUUGCUAGUCAAAUCUGAAUUGGCGUUUUCAUCACCAAAAUAUAUGCAACUAAAACCUGAAUUUGAUUAAAUUCUUGGGUUCUUUAUCGUGUCAUCGUAUCCUAUACGACCCCCUCUAAAUUCGACGAGAAAGAUCAUCAUUUCUUUCUCAUACCCGAUACCAUAAACUAUAAAUAAACAGCUAAGCAUACUUGAGUCUUCAGUGUGUGAAGUCGUCACUUCAAAAAGAAAAAUACGAGUACUUUCUUGUGAAUGAAUCCCAAAUCCCUUUGACUGACAAUACAUCCAAUUACAUGCCACCACAUCAGCAACAUCAACAAGAAAGUCAAGCACAAUACAGUAGGACCACCCUGCGCAUUAAAUUCAGUAAUGGUGAUUUGUCUUUCCUCCACAAACUGGUAAGUUUGUAGUAACAGUGACCCAGCGCACCACAAAAAAGAAAUCACCCUUUCUCUUUCGCCAGUCAAAACUAAACCCACAAACACAGAAAAACGCACUACUAACAAUUACACCCAAACACAUUCCCCCCCAUUAACCAAAGUCCCCCUCAUAAAGGAAGCAGGCAAAUAAAAGCACCAAUUCCACCUUCGUUUAAUUGCCCUGCACCUCAAUCCUCAUCAUCAUGAUCCUCCACCAUAUAUCUCCUGCUCCUUCACCGGCGCCGGCACCUUCACCUUCGUUGCCUCAUCCGUUUCAUCAUUCGUCAACAUUGCCAACAACUUCAUCGACGUCCACGUCAGCAUCAAAUUUAUCAGCUACUCCACCUCCGUCUAAGUUACCCGUUGAUUUUAGCCCUCCUUUGAUUGCGAUGGUCGUUAUUAUCGCUACUGCUUUCGUCAUCAUUACGUACUCCCGGCUACUCUCACGUCAUCUUCUCCGUCUACACGGCCGUUAUAGACUGUGGCGCCGCCGUCGUCGACGUUACGUACCGUCUUCGUCUGCCGGAGAUAUCGAGUCGCCUCCUUAUCCGUUUGAUCCUACUGAUGCUUUCCAUGUGCUUUCUCCUUAUGGAUUGGACGAUUCAGUGAUCAAAACGAUACCUCUUUCGGUCUACACUCGAAAAAGCGGCGUUUAUGAUUGUGCGGUUUGCUUACUGGAGUUCGAAGAGGACGACUAUGUGCGUACGCUUCCAGUUUGUUCACACGCCUUUCACGUUGACUGUAUUGAUAUAUGGCUCAAAUCACACGCGAAUUGCCCGUUGUGUCGUGCCGGAAUAUAUCGUCCAGAGUCACCGUUCACUCCUUUGAUGGCAGCAAGGAUUCGCCCGAGCUUCGAUGAUAUGAUGUUGGAGAGCACAAUUCUAGAGCCUUUAGCUGAAAUUCAACCAGAAUCCGAGACAACAACAGUCUCGGAGAUCACACAAGAAGCAUCUCCAACGAGAAACGUUAACAUCCAAUCAGAGGAGAGAUUUAACGGACGUGAUAUUUUGCUAAAACGAUCUUACUCGUUCGGAUUCGAGAGGAAUUUGGGAUCAGAGAGACUAGUACUUGAGCCAGCAACAGCUUCACCAUGGCGGUACCGCAGAGCAAUAGGAUCAGGUUCCUUCUGGAGCAAAAGACCUUCACCUUUCAGCUCGUUAACAAAGCCAAGAGUAUUCUCCUUCCGAUACUACAGAGGAAUGAAAUCACCGUUCUUCCGUCGGACUAGAGGUGGAUUCUUUCCGUUAUCGGAAUCCAGCGCGAGAUACAGUAGCGGCGGCGGUGGAGGAUCGUCAAGAAGAAGCAAAUCAUUCGCAAGUCCAAUGUUCACGAGAACAUCGGGGCCGGCAGGUGGUGGUAGUGUAUUCUCAUCUAGCCGGUUAAGGAGUGGUGAUCCAGAAGCAUUGCUGUCACCGGACAGAUAUCACAGACGGUGAAUAUUAAUGAACAGGAUCAUUAAUGAGCUUUUUGGGGGAAACGCACAACCGUCCGAUCGAGGAGGGGCGCGGGUGAUGGGGUCAGGUAACAUUAAUGGUGGGAAGUGAGAGUUACAUUGGGAAGAAGAAGAGGAAAUUAAUGCGAUGCCUGCUGGCCCUGUUGCGGUCAUUUAAUACAAGAGAGAGGGGGGCUGUAAGUGUUGGAAAUACUGAAAAGCAGAAAAAAGCUAUGUAUGCAUUUAUUGGAAAAAUUAUUUUUGAAGUUCCGAACCA